AUGCUGGCUGAGCAGGAGCGCCUGUCCCGGUGUCAGUUUGAUAAAUUAGGCAAGCUGGCGGGCCAGGAGACAGAACAUGAGCCCCGGGAGGGGGAAAGACCACAGGAGAAAGAGGCAGAAGGUGAUGAACAGAGCUCGGUGGACUCCCCCGCCAGCACCAACAUGGUACGUGCCGAGUGCGAGUGGGAAGUGCCAAUGUGUGUACCUCUGCCUAUCGAAGUCCUGAGUCCAGAACAAGCCUUCCCUCUCUUGGACACAACUCUCGCUGACCUUGGCAUCGAGGAGUCUGCGGUGAAGGAACGUAUUGUAUGGGUAGACACCAAACGUACGCAGGUCAAAGGUGGGAAAUCUGGGAAGCUGAGGGAGAAAGAGGUCACGGUUCUAGAGGUACGGGUCAAAGCUCAGCAUCCAGGUGACCCUGUGACCCAGGAGGUCCUUUUCAGCACCGAGUCCCACACAGACCGCUCGUACUGCCGCAGUGGAGUGGACAUCAUUCCGUGGAAACACAGAGAACCAGUGGAAGAGGAAUUGCCGUCAGUUGAGAUGGUCAUGGCGGUAGAGACCUGGUCGAAACCAAGCAAAUGGCAAAAGACAGAGGAAACCGUGGAGGUGAACAGUGCGGAGUGA